GCAUCAGGCAAUCACAGAACACCAACAGCAGUCGCAUACCAAAGACCUACGCCCGCUUACGUACGGUUUCCGUUUAGCUUAGGUCCCAGGCAGCGAGCGCGCGAUGGCCUCCGGUCAGCAAGAGAGGUCGGAGCUGGACCGCAUGGCCCGCGAGGGGGAGACCGUCGUCCCCGGCGGCACCGGUGGGAAGACCCUCGAGGCGCAGGAGCACCUCGCCGACGGGCGCAGCCGCGGUGGGCAGACUCGGAAGGAGCAGCUGGGGGAGGAGGGGUACAGCGAGAUGGGUCACAAGGGCGGGGAGACUCGGAAGGAGCAGCUCGGGGAGGGGGGGUACCGUGAGAUGGGUCGCAAGGGAGGGGAGACUCGCAAGGAGCAGCUGGGGGAGGAGGGGUACCGCGAGAUGGGGCACAAGGGCGGGGAGACUCGCAAGGAGCAGCUCGGGGAGGAGGGGUACCGCGAGAUGGGGCGCAAGGGCGGGCUGAGCACCAUGGAGGAGUCCGGUGGCGAGCGCGCCGCCAGAGAGGGCAUCGAGAUCGAUGAGUCCAAGUUCAAGACCAAGUCCUAAAUAAUGUAGGUCAAGAUGUCCAGUGUCUAGCUGAGUAGCUAGCUAGUAGUGAGCAAGCUGUCUGCUCAUGUUUGUAGUAAUGAAUAAUGUAGGUCAAGGUCAGGUCUUGACGCGAGCACGCAUGUAGGCGAUCGCAUGUACUUGUGAUCAUGUGUGCUAGUUUAGGUGUCUUAGCUUGUAGUAGUGACCAUGUGUUCUUCAGGUGUCCUAGUAGCUUGUAGUAGGUGUUGUUGUAGCCCGUGAGUCAGCUUGCUAAUGUAUGUGUGUCGUUGUUAAAUCAGGUCGUUGUUGAA